CUCUCACCUUUACCACCACCAUCAACACCACCUUUCAUCAACACCCACCAAGCCUCUAAGCGGCUAUACUUUGAUAACUUUAUCCACUACACAACUCUAUCGACAUGUCUGGACGUGGCAAAGGUGGAAAGGGACUCGGAAAGGGUGGAGCCAAGCGUCAUCGCAAGAUUCUUCGUGACAACAUUCAGGGUAUUACGAAGCCUGCUAUUCGUCGACUUGCUCGUCGUGGGGGUGUGAAGCGUAUUUCUGGUCUUAUCUAUGAGGAGACCCGUGGUGUUUUGAAAAUUUUCCUGGAGAAUGUUAUCCGGGAUUCGGUGACGUAUACUGAGCAUGCGAAGCGGAAGACGGUGACUGCGCUUGAUGUUGUGUAUGCACUUAAGCGGUCAGGUCGUACUCUUUACGGCUUUGGCGCAUAGGCGCUUUUCAGUUGCAUUCGUGUCUGUAUUUCUACAUGUACCGCUACUAUUUACUAUUUAUUAUCGAUUUCCUAUUGCAUCAGUGAUUUGUCGUCUUGAGGUCAAUUCUAUGAGUGUUUACUUCCGUUAGUGGGACUUACGUGUACUGUGUAUUGCAGAUUCAUUCAAUCAUGGUGUGUG